AUGAUGGAGGACCUUAAGUUUAUAGUGAAUGAGCUCAACAGGAACUUUGACACUGAUUAUAAUAUGAUAUCAUUUGAUUCAUUACCGAGCACCGACUUAUUGCAAAUUCUACUCGAUGUCCUUAAUAUUGUGAAUGCAUCAAAUAAGUUGGACGUGAGGAAAAGCAAAGAUCAAGCUAUCAUAGCCGCGCUAAAUGCUUUGCAAUUAAUAAAAUACAAUCCUACUAUACCGAUUGAUCCAAUAGAGUUCCGGGAAGGUUUGAUCAACGGAAAACGUAAUAUAAUCCAUCCGAUCCUCUUCUGGAUAUUGGCUAAUAGCGAGAAGGUACGAAAGCGUGUAUACUUUUCGAAUUUUGUAGAAAAAGUUGAGAUUCCACCUGAGAUAUUUGGAGAUCCAGAAGUGGAGCAAAUGAACCAAAAUUACAAUAAAUUUAUCGAAGAAUUCUGGAUUAGUUAUAAUGAGAAUAGGCAAGAGAAGAAGAAUGCAGAGGAGUCCAUCGAGCUACAAGAAGAUACUAAAAAAAUGGCAGUUGAUAUGUCGUUUUUGCUACAACGAUUGGAGAUGCAGAACGAUAAAUUAAAGAAUAUACCAAAUCGCGAAAGCCUUUUAGCAUCAGUCAAAGCGUAUCGCAGGGAAAUCCAGCAAGAGAAAAAAAUGCAAGGACAGUUGAAAGAACACAAGAACUUAAUUGUGCAGAUGACCAACGAAUUGAAGGGUCUGCAUAAUGUUCUUAAUCAGAAGAUGUCUCGCCGUCCAGACAAUGCUGAUCCUCUGCAGCAAAUUAGGGAGGAAGUUCAGAUAAACAAAAUCUUGGGAGAGAGCCAGUUACCAAAGGAACAGGAAGGGAUUGUUAUGGAACUAGAUGUAUUUGAAAGAGUCGCAUUGGAGUCGGAACCUACACAAGAAGAGCUUGAUAUUAUUAAUGAAGAAAUGGAGGAAAUGAGUAAAAUCGUGCAAACGCUUUUAGCAAGAAAGAUGACCUUGACGAACACAAAUGAUGACCAAUUACUUCCCUUCAGAAAUCAAGCAACUAUGAUUGCCAACAAAAAACAAGAGCUAUCCAAUUUCAUUAUGAAGGUGAAAAGUAGGAUUGAGAACAUUUUGGAGAUGAUUAACCAAAAGGCAGUUAUGCUUCGGGAAAUUGUCGGAGGAGACAUCUUGCACGGUGAUGAACUUAAGAAUUUUAUAUCAAAUUUACGUGAGAGAAGCAUUGUUUACAAGAAGUACAGAUCCUACCUACAAGGAAUACAAGCCGAAUUGGGAAUCGUGAGCAGGACUUUGGAUAUUUUAAAGCUUAGUGACGCUGGCGUUGAGGUUGCUAUUAAGAUGAAGAAAGAUAAACUCGAAGAUGAUACGGAUUUAGGUCUUGAUGACGUGGCAGAGUUGAAAUACAAAUGUAAGAUGCUGUAUCAAGAUGCUAAUAGUAAACGAGUUGAAUCUGUUCGAGUUUACGAAGACAUGACACAGCUUAGAGCUGCGUACAAUAAUUUCUUAGAUAAAUUCGAGGAAACGAAAACGGAAUUCGAUAACGCUACAGGAAAUAUUUCUAAGGAGCUAGAGACCAUCGAAAGAAUGAUAGAAGAAAAUGCAGAAGCCAUUAAGAACGCCGAGAAUGAAUGGAAACAUAUUGUUAAGGAUAUUGAAGGCUACGAGAUGUGUUUGGGCAAAUACAGCGACAUUAAAAAUGGAGGAGUGGAAAAUGUUCUUCUUCAACUUAAAGAAAAAUCUGCGGAGUUGGAAAAGUCUAGGAAGGUCUUGGAAAUGAAGUAUGAAGAAGUUAAAGAACAAAAGAGUUUAGAGCAGGACGCUAUUGAACAGUUGAAGAGGAUCAAGCAAAUGAUACUAUUUAAGAUAGAGAUAAUGCGAUAGUUUAAAUAUUA